GUCACGCGCUAUGUGGCGUGUGUCAACAGCAAUUUCAGUCCUGAAUAAACAAUCUAGUGGUAAGAGGAAGACCACUAAUUGUGGCUAUCCAUGGUUGGAAUUUGAAAGACUCUAAGAAGAUGGCCAUAUCUUUAAACUCCAUAGUCAGCUUCAGCUCAACGAAGUUGGAAACCAAGUAUCAUGAUGCAUCAAGAUAUUCUGUUGGAGCUUCUUUACCUAAGGUCACUCGAUUUACACCCUUCUCGGUAGUAUCUAGAUCGAGAAAGCUUGUCAAAGAAAGAAGAUUUGGCCACUGUCUUCCAGUUGCAGACAGUGAUCAGCUUGCAGCAGACAACAAUAUUACUGAGGAAUUUGACAAUGCUGAAAAUUCACCAACCAGUGAUCAAUUAUCAUCCCUGAAUCCCCCAGAUGAAAAUUUCCAGCUGCAAGCUAAAGUUGAUGCUGAGUCAGUAUCUAAAACAUUAGAUUCUUCCAAUGGUUCGAUUAACCAAGAGCAAGGAUCAUCAUCGGCAGCAGCAUCUUCUAAGUCACAAUCUGCAACGAAAGGAGCUUCCCUUACAGCAAGAGAGCGGUUAAAGGCGGCUCGAGCCGGCAACCGAUACCCCCAAUCGAAAGCAUCUAAAGCAGACAUGAGCAGCAGAGUGUUAGAAGCUUCAAAGCAAAGUGACAAAGGGAAGAGAAAAUCUGGACUUCCAGAGGCUCCAACUAAUCUGUUUGAUGAUAGCAAACGAGGCUUGUCAACAGGCUUCACUUUUCAGUUUCCUGGGGGUUCUGAUCUCUUUCUCAUUGUAUUCUCUUUUGUUUUAAUCAGCUCAAUCAUGUUUGCAACAACUUUCAUUGUGUGGAAAGUUGGUGCAAUCCAUUUCAAUGAGUACUGAGAUGUCUUCUUUAAGAAUUCAACAUAAAUGUAGUUUAGAAAAGCUUCAGCUGCUUCAAA